CAACUUUUGUACAUUUUCUGUCCUCUGUCUCGCCAUCGUCUUUCUUACCUACUCCGAAUUUACUCAAUCUCCUUUCUCUCUCUAAAAAGAUCUCUUUUUGCUCAAGGUUUUUGAUCGUAUAAGCCUCUUGAGCAUUGCCUCCUUAGAAUAUUGAAGGACAUUUAGAUUUUCUAUAAUGGAAUUUGGCUUCGAAAACUUGAAUGGUGGUUCUUCACAUUUUAACCAGGACAUUGUUAGAUGUCCUUUUUUGAGGAACAUCAAUGAACCAACUAACUUCUCCUUCUUAACAUCAGCGGCUUUCCCUAUUCCUGUACGGGACGGGAAAGGUCCUAUCUUUGAGGAUGGUCCCAAUUUUGAUAUGGCAUUCAGGGUCUUCCAUGGGCAGAAUGGAGUUGUUCCACUUACUGGGAGGUCAUUUAUUCGCACCGAGAAAUCAACAUCUGAAUCAUCACCGGCUCAAUUCAAUCCCUUGGCAGCAAGAGCAGCUACCAUCAGCCUCUCUGCUUUUGGUCCUGGGGGACCUUUUGGGUUUGAUGCUUUCUCUGGGAAGCGAAAGAAAGAAAACAAGGACUCAAAUUCAUCCAAAAAGGAAUCUUCUUCAAAGGGAGGGAAAUCAGAACAUGAAGCAAUGAGCAACGAGUGGUUGCAAAAUGGAAACUGCCCCAUUGCAAAGUCAUAUCGGGCCGUGAGUCAUGUCCUUCCUCUUGUAGCGAAGGCCCUUCAGCCCCCUCCUGGCAUGAAGUAUAGGUGUCCUCCAGCAAUUGUUGCUGCCCGGAGUGCUCUAGCAAAAACAGCUUUUGCGAAAAACCUCAGGCCACAGCCUCUGCCAGCAAAAAUACUUGUCAUUGGCGUUUUAGGAAUGGCGGCUAAUAUACCUUUAGGAAUAUGGAGAGAACACACCGAAAAAUUCUCACCAUCAUGGUUUGCUGCUGUCCAUGCUGCUGUGCCGUUCAUAGCCAUGCUUAGGAAAUCUGUAUUGAUGCCUAAGACAGCCAUGGCAUUUACCAUCGCAGCAUCUAUUCUAGGACAGGUAAUUGGUUCUAGAGCAGAGAGGCAUCGGCUGAAGACGGUUGGUACAAGGAAAACUGAUUUUGCUGAAACUUCAAGUUUUGGGCCAAAUCCGUUGGCAGUUGCUGGAACUAGAGAUGGGCUUUGCAGGGAAAAUACCGAUUGGAACUCGAGUUCUGCACUUGUUCCUAUUGCCUCAUCACCAACCGAUGUGUUCUGCUAAUGGUCAUCUUACUUUAUCCUGUACUUCAUUGUGUCUUGAUUGUAGCAGGUCCGUGCAUCUACAACCUUGAUUUUCCAUUCUUUCCAUUUUCAUUUUCAGCGAUUUGGUGAAAUAAAUAUGGGAGGAGAUAUCUUGUACUAAUGCUAUACUCUAAAUUUGAGAUCUUUUUAUCAAUAGCUAUGUGUUUGUCCAUAGA